CCUCUUGUCUGUCUUUCUCUUUCUUCCUCCUCGUCUCCUCCGUUUCUCUUGCGAACGGCUCGCCCUUAUAAAAAGUAUCUCCCCACCGCCACCAACUAUUUCCGUCGCCUUCUUCGCUUUCCUUUCCCUUUCUCUUUCCCGAAUUAGCAAAAGUGAAAGGAAGGAGAGGAAGCUGUGCAAUUCCCAACCCUGGGGCGGGGGGAUCGUCCCUUGCCCUAAUUCCCCUCCGGCUGAAGCGUGGUGAUGAGUUGCACCUCCGCCCAUGGCCGUCGCCUCCGCGUGUUUCCUCGUGGUUCUCCUCGUUUCGUUUGGCUACCCUGCGGUCUGCUUCCCCAGGCUGGACGGUGGCGGACUGGAUCGCGGGGAUCGAUUCUCGAUCUUGAACUACGAGUCUUUGUGGCACGAUUACUCUCCGCCUUCCCCGCCUCCGUCGCCUCCGGACCCGCCCUCGGCUUCCUGUGGGGAUGACUUGGGUGGCACCGGCGACUUCGACAGCCUCUGCGAGGUCCACACCAGCGUGCAGCUUUCCAACGACGUCUUUGUCAAGGCGAAUGGGAGCUUCGUGGUCUACCCGGAUGUGGUGCUCAGCUGCCCGCUGGCGGGGUGCUCCCUCGUCAUCAAUCUUACGGGUGAAAUCCGGAUCGGACACAAUGCGAAGAUUGUGGCCGGGAAGGUGCGAUUGGCGGCGGGAAACAUGAGUCUAGCUGACGGUGCAGCCAUCAAUACUACGGCGCUCGCAGGGGAUCCGCCGACACAGACCAGUGGGGCCCCUUCCGGGAUAGAUGGAGAUGGUGGUGGGCAUGGUGGAAGGGGUGCGAGCUGUGUGGUGAAGGAAGGGCAGACGCAGGAGGACUCCUGGGGUGGAGACGCGUACUCCUGGUCAUCUCUGACGGUGCCUGUUAGCUACGGAAGCAAAGGGGGCUCAACAAGCAGGGAGAAGGAUUAUGGAGGAGGAGGCGGUGGGCAGAUCUUCUUCAUAGUCAAGGAUUUUCUUGAGGUCAAUGGAAGCAUUUUGGCUGAUGGUGGCGAGGGCGGCUCUUUGGGUGGUGGAGGGUCAGGUGGGAGCAUCUAUGUCAAUGCAACCAAAAUGAAAGGCACAGGCAUGAUAAGUGCAUCGGGAGGUUGUGGCUUGGCUGGUGGUGGUGGAGGUCGUGUUUCAAUUGCUGUAUUCAGUUGGCAUGAUGAACCACAUGUUUUUGUUCACGGUGGAAAGAGUUCUCGCUGUCCUGAUAAUGCGGGUGCUGCUGGAACACUUUAUGACUCAGUUCCUAAAAGCCUUAUAGUUAGCAAUCAUAACCGUUCAACACAGACUGAUACACUUCUACUAGAAUUUCCUUAUCAGCCGCUUUGGACAAAUGUUUUUAUCAGGAAUUGUGCCAAAGUUGCUGUUCCUCUACUAUGGAGUCGAGUACAGGUUCAAGGGCAACUUAGUCUACUUUGUGGUGGCAUAUUGACAUUUGGUCUGACUCAUUAUCCUUAUUCCGAGUUUGAGCUUAUGGCUGAAGAACUUUUGAUGAGCGACUCAGUAAUUAAGGUGUUUGGUGCCUUACGAAUGUCUGUUAAAAUGCUUUUGAUGUGGAAUUCUAAAAUGAUCAUUACUGGUGGUGAGGAUACAAUAGUAGCAACGACAUUGCUUGAAGCGAGUAAUUUGAUUGUUCUAAGGGAAUCAUCUGUCAUACAUUCAAAUGCAAAUCUAGGAGUUCAUGGUCAAGGUCUGCUCAAUUUGUCUGGGCCAGGAGAUGUAAUUGAGGCACAACGUUUGAUCUUGUCACUUUUCUACAGCAUCCAUGUUGGACCUGGAUCCAUUCUGCGUGGGCCACUGAUAAAUGCAACUACUGAUAAAAUGGCCCCAAGUCUGAAUUGUGAGAAAAAAGAUUGUCCAUUGGAGUUAGUUCAUCCACCAGAAGACUGUAAUGUCAAUACAUCACUCUCGUUCACCCUCCAGAUUUGUCGUGUUGAAGAUAUUGAUGUUGCUGGCCUUGUUCAAGGAACCGUUGUUCAUUUCCAUAGAGCAAGAAGCAUUGUUGUGUACCCCACAGGAAAAAUAAGUGCGACUGGUUUGGGCUGCAAAGGUGGUGUUGGGCAUGGAAAUAUAUUAGAGAAUGGUGUUGGUGGUGGUGGUGGGCAUGGUGGAAAGGGUGGAGAUGGGCGUUUUAAAGAUCUCAUUGUUAAUGGUGGCAUUGCCUAUGGAAAUGCUGAUUUUCCUUGUGAGCUUGGUAGUGGUAGUGGAAAUGACAGUCUAUCUUACGCAACUUCUGGUGGUGGUAUCAUAGUUAUGGGUUCAAUGGAACAUGCUCUAGUCAGUUUGUCUGUUGAUGGCUCAGUUGAAGCAGAUGGGGAAGAUUUCAAAGAAGCUAGCAUCAUCACUGGCUUGUCAGAUGCAGGGCCUGGUGGUGGUUCUGGCGGUACAAUUCUUCUAUUUUUGCACUCCUUAACUCUUGGUGAUUCCUCUAUACUUUCUAGUGCCGGUGGGCUUGGCAGCCUUAGUGGUGGUGGUGGAGGAGGUGGUGGAAGGAUUCACUUUGAUUGGUCUGAUAUUCCUACUGGUGAUGAAUAUCUUCCAGUUGCAAAUGUAAAGGGAAUCAUAAACACAAGUGGAGGCAUUAGCAGAGGCCAUGGUUUGCCAGGAGAGAAUGGAACACUUACUGGAAAAGCCUGCCCUAAGGGGCUUUAUGGGAUUUUUUGCAAGGAGUGUCCGUUGGGAACCUUUAAGAAUGUUACUGGAUCUGAUAAAGCUCUAUGUUACCCAUGCCCAUCUAGUGGACUUCCACAUCGUGCUAUAUAUACAAGUAUUCGAGGAGGUGUUGCUGAAGCUCCUUGCCCAUACAAAUGUGUUUCUGAGAGAUAUCAUAUGCCACAA